GUCACUACGAGCCUGGAUCCUGGGGUGUGUGUCACCAUCGGGAGCCCUCCAGCCGAGCCCCAGUCCCAAGCGGGUCCCCAGGAAGCUUCAGGCCACGCCCUCAGAGUGUUCAGCGUUUGUCUCUGAACCUUUAGGUUCCGCCCCUGGGCACGCUCACCGAGCUCUAGACCACACCCCAAAGUAUCAAAACCACGCCCCGGAGCCCUGACCACGCCCACCAAAAAGGAAUCCAAAGCGGCCAUGGGGACACCCAGCGCUUCGGAGGAGGGCUCCUCGUCGCCUCAGGUUCCGGAAUGCACCGCCGAGCUUCAGCCUCAGGGGACCAUGCAGCCUCAGGGGCACCCCGAGGAGUCCCAAGAGCACGAGGAGCCCGAGAUCCCAGCAGAGCUUCCGAGCUGCCAAGGAACUGAGCGGCAGGCGGAGGAAGAGGAAGAAGUGGGAGAAGGUAGCAGCACCGAGAGCUGCCGCGAAGAGCCCGAGGCUACGCCUGCCGUGCAGAUUUCAGCCACUCCUUCCCCAUGUCUCCCUCCCGGGGAAGGGAUGCGAGGGGCGGCGCGGCGGCUGCGAGGACAGCAGCUGGAGGCACUGACCCGUGUGGCUCUGAUGGAGCAGCGUGUGAAGGAGUUACAGCGCCAGAAGAAGGAACUGAGGAUCGAAAUGGAAGUAGAGGUGGCCCUGCUCCGGGGUGAACUGGCCGGUGAACGGGUGGCUGCUCGGCGGGAGGAAGAGCAACUGAGGGAGCUGCUGGGCCAGCAGGUGGAGUCCCACCAGAGCAGCCAGGAGCUGCGGGAACAGGAGCAGAGGCAGCUGAGCCAGGAGCGUGAUCACGUGGAGAGUCUUCGCCAGAGGCUUAGGGAGGCCCAAGGACAGCUUGAUGUGCAGCCGGAGGACCAGAGAGAGCGGCUCUUGCAGGGGGUGCAGGAGAUCAGAGAGCAGCUAGAUGCUGCCCAACGCUCAUAUGAGGACCUGGAGUUCCAGCAGCUGGAGCGUGAGAGCCGCGUGGAUGAGGAGCGGGACAGCCCUGAGGUGCGAGCUCCAGACACCAAGGUCCGGGCACUUCAGACCAGCGUGGCCCAGCACAGGCGCCGCAUCCAGGUCUUGGAGGAACAGCUCAAGUCACUGGGGGAGCAAAUGACUGCUGAGAGCUGGGGGCUGAGCAGGAAGAAGGAGGAGGCUGUUCAGGCCCUCACACAGGAACGGAACCGGCUGUUUGAGCUCAAUUGUCUUCAGGGAACAUGUAGUGGGGACUUCUCUGAGCCCGAUAAAGCGCUCACCAAGCUGCUGUUCACACAGAAGACAGACCGUCAGCUGCUGGUUCUGCAGGACCCCACCGCGCAUGCCACCGCUGCCUCCGCUUCCACCUCUUCCUGCCUCUUCUCUGUCCGCAGCUCCAUGCAGGGGUCUAUUGGUCUCCAGAGGACAGGAAGCCUGCCCCGGAGGAGGGGAGACAGGGCCAGCCAGAGGGGAUCCCCCCGACCUUUGUCCCUCCAUUGUACAGGACCCUUGGAGGCCUCGGCUCUUGCACAAGCAGUGGGGACUCCUGGGAGACACCCUCUAUAUCAGUUGCUCAACUGUGGCCCUGGGAAUAGACAUUCGGCACUUCACCCAGACAUCGCCCACAUGGAGCGGCUCCUGCAGAAGGCUGUGGCAGAGAGGGAACGGCUGCUCAAGGCCAGGGAAGACAUGAAAAGAAGCCCAGAAGGUUCCACAGGCCCUUCAGUUCCUGCCAUCGUGGCCCCGCCCCCACCCCCGCCCCCACCACGCCCUCCUGGUCCCCGGGUCCUGGACCUCCCACAGCACCUGGAACGCUGGGGCCACAACCCGGAAAGCUGUCCCCACUUGCGGGUGUCCGGAGGCUGUUGUCGCGGGCCCCUGGUGAAGAUGGGUGGCCGCAUCAAAACCUGGAGGAAACGCUGGUUCUGCUUUGAUCGGCAGGCUCGCCGGCUGGCUUACUAUGCUGACAAGGAGGAGACCAAGCUCAAAGGUGUCAUCUACUUCCAGGCCAUCGAAGAAGUCUAUUAUGACCACUUGCGCUGUGCCUUCAAGAGCCCCAGUCCCCGCCUGACCUUCUGCGUCAAGACCUACGAACGCCUUUUCUAUAUGGUGGCCCCCAGCCCGGAAGCCAUGCGUAUUUGGAUGGAUGUCAUUGUCACAGCAGCGGACGAAAACCACGCCCCUUGAGCGGCCCCGCCCUCUGAGAAAGGACGUCCCGGCGAGCCCCGCCCCUACGCGCACGUUCCGGCCUCCUGGGCCCGCCUACUUCAGGAAGCUUUCGGCUCCGCCCCUUUGAAAUUCUCCUGGGAAGUUUGCAGCCGUCCCAACUCAGCUGGCCUGAGUCGCAGAGAUCUAGGCUGCAGGUGGCUUCCAGCGGUGGCAUCGCCAGGCCCUGGAGGCCCUGCUUGGGGCAGGAGGAAGAUUACAGGGGGCGGAAGGAACUAUUUAUUGGUGCU